ACCCGCGAGUAUUGAGGACACGAGGAAAUGUUGUUUGAGACCUAUUUUUCAACGAGUAAAUUAAAUAUAUGAUUAAGCUCGAUACGUAAUUAUUAACAAUGGGUAUGACAUUGCGCACAAAAGGAAAACAUGGAUAUAAUGUGAAGUUUUCUCCCUUUUUUCCAAAUAUAAUAGCGUGUUGUGCAUGUGAAAAUUUUGGUAUAUCAGGCGGAGGUUCUCUAUUUAUAUUUGAUCAUUCUUCUGGCAUAUUAUUAAGUGAGCAUCCGUGGAAGGAUGGAUUAUUUGAUGUCACCUGGAGUGAAUUAAAUGAAAAUAUUGUAAUAACUGGAAGUGGCAAUGGAUCAAUUCAGUUUUGGGAUAUUAAUCUGAAGGUAAAAUUAAAAUUAACCAAUGACAUUUAUAAUAAACAAUCAGUAUGCAGUUUAGACUGGAGUCAGACAAGAGCUGAACAGUAUCUUCUUUCUUCUUCUUGGGAUAAAACUGUAAAAGUUUGGGAUACAGAAAAAUUUAUUUGUUUAUCAACAUACAGUAGUCAAAGAAAUUAUGUAAAUUGUGUAACAUGGUCACCUCAUUUUCCUGGAUGCUUCGCUUCUGUUUCAGGUGAUGGAAUGAUGAGAAUAUGGGACUUGAAGCAACCAAACUAUCCUGGUUCUCAGUUUCAAGCUCAUAGUACAGAUGUUUUAAGUUGUGACUGGUGUAAAUAUAAUAAGAAUAUAAUUGCUACUGGUGGAGCUGAUGGAUUAAUUCGAGGUUGGGAUAUCAGACAUGCACAGCAACCUGUUUUUCAAUUGACUGGACACAAAUAUGCUGUGCGGAGAGUUAAAUUUUCUCCUACUGAAGAAUCAAUUUUAUAUUCUGUCUCAUAUGAUUUAAUCACUGGGAUAUGGCAUUGGGAUAAUUAUCUCCCUAUACAUGCAAUUUCGAAUCAUAGAGAAUUUGUGUAUGGAUUAGAUUGCAAUGCUCAUGUUCCACAGCAGAUUGCCGAUUGUGGUUGGGAUGAAACUGUGGUGGUGUUUAAGGUUCCCGCGCCACCCCAGAUUGUUAAUAAUUAAUGUUAAUGAACAGUUUCUUACAAAAUGUAAAAUUAUUUAUUGUAAAAUUAAUUUUGAUAUCUUAAAAUAAAUAUUAAAA